AGGUCUCUUAUUCCUUUGAGGGUUCAUGAUAAAUAGAUAGAGGCUCACACACCCAAAAAUGGCUGCCAUUGUUGUAUCCGUAGCCUCCACACUCAUAGCUUCGUCUCCUCGAUAUUCUUCUUCUACUACCUCCUUACUUUUCACUAAACUAAGGUCUUCUUCACCAUUUCUUCGAUUUUCUUUAGCUGUUACACCCUUUUGCUCUCGCAAAGGUAGACUCAUGGCUCACACUCUCGCUCAGGCCAAUCUCGGCCUCACUUACCCUGCUGGCAUCGAAGCCCCUAAGAUCUCUUUUGCUGCGAAAGAUAUUGAUGUGACGGAAUGGAAGGGAGACAUACUUGCAGUGGGUGUCACUGAGAAAGACUUGGCAAAGGAUGAGAACUCAAAGUUUCAGAAUUCAAUUUUGAAGAAGUUGGACUCUCAGUUGGGUGGUUUGUUGGCUGAAGCCUCUUCAGAGGAGGACUUUACUGGAAAGGCUGGCCAAUCGACAGUUCUUAGGCUUCCGGGUCUUGGCUCAAAAAGGGUUGGCUUGAUUGGGCUUGGACAGUCUGCUUCAACUCCAGCUGCUUUUCGGGGUCUUGGUGAGGCCGUUGCAGCAGCAGCAAAGUCUACUCAAGCAAGUGAUGUUGCUAUUGUGCUGGCCUCUUCCGAGGGGCUCUCUGCUGAAUCAAAGCUUAACUCAGCUACGGCAAUAGCAUCUGGAACUGUGCUGGGGUUAUAUGAAGACAAUAGAUAUAAAUCAGAGUCAAAGAAACCAGCUCUAAAGUCUGUGGAUAUUCUUGGUCUUGGAACUGGACCUGAACUGGAAAAGAAGCUCAAGUUUGCAGAAGCUGUUUCUUCUGCAGUAAUUUUUGGACGAGAGCUUGUGAAUUCGCCUGCCAAUGUACUCACACCUGCGGUGCUCGCAGAAGAGGCUUCAAAGAUUGCCUCCUUGUACAGUGAUGUUUUUUCUGCUAAAAUUUUAAAUGCUGAGCAAUGCAAAGAAUUGAAGAUGGGGUCAUAUCUGGGCGUAGCUGCAGCCUCUGCAAAUCCUCCUCACUUCAUACAUUUGUGCUACAAACCUCCAGGUGGACCUGCCAAAGUCAAGUUGGCAUUAGUUGGAAAAGGGUUGACCUUUGACAGUGGUGGCUACAACAUCAAGACAGGACCAGGCUGUUCCAUUGAGCUCAUGAAAUUUGAUAUGGGGGGUUCAGCAGCAGUUCUAGGUGCAGCAAAAGCUAUCGGUCAAAUUAAACCUUCCGGAGUAGAGGUUCAUUUCAUUGUGGCGGCUUGUGAGAACAUGAUAAGUGGAACCGGCAUGAGACCUGGAGAUAUUGUAACAGCAUCAAAUGGAAAGACCAUUGAGGUUAAUAACACCGAUGCUGAGGGCAGACUUACAUUGGCAGAUGCUUUGGUAUAUGCUUGUAACCAAGGUGUUGAGAAGAUAGUUGACUUGGCAACUUUAACUGGGGCUUGUGUAGUUGCUCUUGGUCCCUCAAUUGCAGGUAUCUUUACACCCAGUGAUGACCUGGCCAAGGAGGUAAUUGCAGCUUCAGAGGCCAGUGGGGAGAAACUUUGGAGGUUGCCUUUGGAAGAAAGUUAUUGGGAGUCGAUGAAAUCAGGAGUAGCUGAUAUGGUCAACACUGGUGGUCGUCCGGGUGGUGCUAUCACUGCUGCUCUCUUCUUGAAGCAGUUUGUUGAUGAGAAGGUUCAAUGGAUGCAUAUUGACUUAGCAGGCCCAGUUUGGAAUGAUAAGAAACGCGCUGCGACAGGAUUUGGCAUUUCUACUUUGGUCGAGUGGGUUUUGAAGAACUCUUCUUAGAUAAAGAUUGAAGCAUUCUGUUGGGAUCUCAUAUACAUCAAGGGAGGAGAGGAAGAACAAUGUCACCUAUCACCUAUCAAAAAAAAGAACAAUGUCACAUAGCAUCCUUGGUGGUGUUUCUAUUCAUAUGAAUAAAUAUGUUGGAGGAGUUAAGAAGUCAUGAGUGGAAGGCAUGGUCUUGUUUGAGCUUGUUAGAGAAACUUUAAAACUAGAAUUUCAACUGAAAUGGUGUUUUUAAAUGUCUCUCAGUCCUUUAAAAAAAGUCUACUAGUCCUUAUGAUUUUUUUUGGUU